AUGCCCAGCUCAUGUAAAGAACUGCGCGAGGCACUCGCGCAGUGUCUCCAAGAAUCCGAGUGUGUCAUGGUUCAGCGCAAUAGCGCCGGCGACUGCCUCCGCGAACCCCUCGUCGACACUCUCCCCCUAAAGUGCCGCCAGCUGAAGAAGGGCUUCGGCGAAUGCAAGCGUGGCAUGGUCGAUAUGCGCAAGCGAUUCCGCGGCAAUAUGCCCGUGGCUUACCGUACGAUGGAGCAGGCUGAGGAGGGCCAUGGAUACCAGCUCUACGCUGGGCGGCCGGCCUUUGCAGGCGGUGUCAAGAAGACGGACGGAAACGAGCCCAUUCCCCAAGAUUGGAGAGAAGUCGAGAAUGAGAAGUGGAAGGCCGAGCAGGCAGCAAUGGCACAGCAGAAGAAAUGA